CAGGAUGACAAUUUUGUCCCUAAAAGAACAUACCUUGUUUAUGUUUUCCAAUUUAGUUUUGUAGCCUAUUAAUUCUUUUUGUUGCUAUUAAAUAAUUUCUAAAAUUUACUUCAAAUAUUAAAUUAAUAGUAUGUGUAUCAAUAAAUACUCACCAGACGCAGUAAAUAUUCUGAUAUCAACAUAUUCAUAGCUUGGACUUGAGUCUCAUUAUAAUCACAUCACUGCAUAUACAUCUUCAAUCAAAAAAUGAUGGUAUACACAGCAGAGGUUCAGCACUUAAUGACUAGGUAUUGCUUUUAUUUUUCGGUUACGUGGCUUUCAUGAACCAACUAGUUUCACUUGAUUCUCUAGCAAAGAGGACCAUUCAGAUUGUUAACCAUUUCGAUUACCUGUUACUUGUGUUAAAGAAAAAAUAAAUAAAAAAAAGUCAUUGCUUGUGACUUUUUGGGGGGAACGCGAGGAGCGAAGUUGUGUGAAUUGUUUUAUUUUGUCUCUUUAGUGUUUCACAAAUGUGGGAAAACGAAACAAAGCUGCUGAACGUAGCUCCUCGGGAUCCUCCAAAAAGUCCACUGAAAAAGUCUCAGUACAUAACCAUCAUUUUGCCGAGAUUAUAUUUCAUCCCAUAUCAUCUCAUUUCAUUUAAUUUCAUGCCAAUUGGUUAUUGUUUCAAAUUAAUCAACUUCAUUUAGUUUAUACAAUUUUGUAGUUUGUGUUUCAUUUAAAAAGAUUGGUCUGUAGGGUAUGACAUCUUUGCCUUUCCACUUAGAAAAUAGAACUACUACUGGGUCAUUGCUUGUCACAUCUGACAUUAUUUACAUUUUAUAUGUUAGAAGGUUCAAAAUUCAGCUUACAGUAAUAAAUUAUUACAUGUACUUAAAUUAAUUCUUAAUAGAGUACUAUUAGCAACGUAAUAAUACACUUUAAUACAAUACAACCAAAAAUGCGACGCCGCGCAGGUGUAGGUGCAAUCCAAAAACACAGAUUGGAACAAGAGAAAUAUAAAGAAAAGGGCACAGAAAUACAAGAAAACCAAUUCCAGCAGAUGUCGAAACAACUGGAAGUGUUUAGGGAAAAUUUGGAAGAUUUUGCAUCAAAACACAAGAGUGAAAUAAAGAAGAAUGCUCAGUUCAGAAGGCAAUUUCAGGAAAUGUGUGCUGCCAUCGGUGUGGAUCCACUGGCUUCGGGGAAAGGAUUCUGGUCUGUUCUUGGUAUUGGUGAUUUUUACUAUGAGCUAGGAGUGCAAAUAGUAGAGGUGUGCUUGGCUACCAACUACAAGAAUGGAGGUCUCAUAACUUUAGAGGAAUUACGUUCCAGACUUAUAGCUUCUCGUGGCCGAGCAAAGAAGCAUCAAGACAUCACAAAUGAAGAUCUGCUAGCGGCAGUGAAAAAACUAAGGAUAUUUGGAAAUGGGUUUACUGUAGUUCCGAUCAGUAAAGGCAAAUGGCUGGUUCAAUCGGUGCCUGGUGAAUUAAACAUGGAUCAAACACUAGUUCUUCAGAAGGCCAGUGGACUUGGAACAGCGUGGGUCUCUGUUAGUGUUCUCACUAGCGACCUCGGUUGGACUGAAAUCAGAGCCGAGAAUGCUUUGAACCAUAUGGUGAGAGAAGGUCUCGCCUGGGUGGACUCGCAGGAACCGAAAGAGACGUUGUACUGGUUCCCUAGCAUGUUUGCAGAAUGCGUAUCAGCAUGAACUAUAAGCCUAUGUGAUAUAUGUAUGUAAUUCUGUAAAUUAAUAUAAAAUUUAUUUUUGUACAUGAAAAAUAAAAAAUUAUAAUCGUU